AGUCAGUGGUGUGUCCCACAGCUCUUCAGUAGCUUUAUCUGACUUUUUCUUCAUCAUGUUUAUCCACUGGAGCCUGCUAGUACUGAUAUUUGUGCUGAUUCUUCAUGAUCAAGUCCAUACAGGGGAAAUCAUUGGUGGUCAUGAGGCUAGCCCACAUAGCAGACCGUAUAUGGUGCUUUUACAGAUGCACAGGACAUACGGUCAUCCAGCACACUGUGGUGGCUUCCUUCUGAAUGAAGAUUUUGUGAUGACUGCAGCCCACUGCCAUGCGACGUCCUACAAAGUGUUACUGGGCCUUCAUGAUUUCCAUAAACAGAAUGGCGUACAGCAUGUGCUUGUGGAGAAAUCAUUUCCACAUGAUGACUACGAUGGCGAUACUUAUGAAAAUGACAUAAUGCUUCUUAAGUUAAGCUCCAAGGCAGUAUUUAACAAGAAUGUGAAGUCCAUUGUUCUCGCAGACCGUGGCGAUGACUCUCUGCCACAAUCAUGUGUCGUCUCUGGGUGGGGACGAACCAAAACAGUAAACCAUAUGUCUGUGAAACUCAUGGAAGCUAAUGUAACCCUGAUUGACAAUCAACAGUGUGCUAGCGCCAUGUUUUACUGCUCUCAGGGUGAGACUGGACCGGGUGUGGGAGACUCUGGCGGUCCAUUAGUCUGUGGAGAUGGAAAGGCGUACGGGGUGGUGUCCACCAGCAGUUCCCCAAACCCAGAUGUUCCAACAAUCUAUAGGUAUACCAUGAUACCCCACUACAGAGACUGGGUCGAUUCCAUAAUAAAACAACAUGGAAAUUACUAAUACUUCUAUUGUGCAUCUAUUGUACAUCUUACCUGAGAAGUUAAG